AAUGCCUCCAAGGACAAGUCCGGCAACCCCAUGCGCGAGCUCCGCAUCUCCAAGCUCGUCCUGAACAUCUCGGUCGGUGAGUCUGGUGACAGACUUACUCGUGCCGCAAAGGUUCUCGAGCAGCUGUCUGGUCAGACCCCUGUCUACUCCAAGGCCCGUUACACCGUCCGUACCUUCGGUAUCCGUCGUAACGAGAAGAUCGCUGUCCACGUCACCGUCCGUGGCCCCAAGGCCGAGGAGAUCAUCGAGCGUGGUCUCAAGGUCAAGGAGUACGAGCUCCGCAAGCGCAACUUCUCCGAGACCGGCAACUUCGGCUUCGGUAUCAACGAGCACAUCGAUCUCGGUAUCAAGUACGACCCCGGUAUUGGUAUCUACGGUAUGGACUUCUACUGCUGCAUGGAGCGCCCCGGUGAGCGUGUCGCUCGUCGCCGCCGCUGCAAGACCAAGGUUGGUGCCUCUCACCGCAUCAACCAGCAGGAGACCAUCAAGUGGUUCAAGAACAGAUUCGAGGGCAUUGUCCGAUAA